UCUCAUCUCCUCCACCUUCCACCGGCGCCGCUCACUCUCGUCGCUCGCCUCCCAAGACACAAAUCAUUCACAUGGUUGGCGAGGGCAAUAAAGUCAUUUGCAAUUGCGUAGAAGGAGGCCAGGAAGUUCAGUACCCAAAAACUGGGACCGAAGCUUUGCUAAUGGGCAUUUUGGUUGAAGAAGUUGCAAUUACAAUGUCAUGUCAUUGUGUGAAACGUCAAGAUCCUCCUUUCCUUACUAAUUACUGGGCAAUCAGGCGAGGCCCCAGUAAAGAGAGUUGGCCAUACCAACAUGGGCUUAGGUCUAUGGCAAAUGCUGGGCAAGACACUAAUGGUUCACAAUUUUUCAUCUGUGACGACCAGCUGGUAACUAGACAAUUUAUGAUCCUGCUGUUAUGAGAAAACUGUCAUCCAUUUUCAGGUCUUCUGUCUGGU